AUAUGUUGGGCAUGAUUAAGGAAUUAUUCCCUCUCCCCCUAUUGAUCCCACCUUUAAGAAGCCUUUCGCAUCCAUACCCCCCUGUCAGUGUUUCCAGAUAAAACAGACCGCUCGUCAUCUUGUCUACUCGUAAGAGGGAAAUUUUGCUGAUGCAGUAAUGUCUGGAAAUGGUAUGGUUCGCUUUUGCCCCCUUAAUGUAUCUCCCGCCUGAGCUGAGCUGCAGCAUUACAAUUUCUUAUGCAGUAUAAGCCAUUUACACCAAGGUGCCGCCGCACGAGCAGGAGUGGAGGGAGGACGUUGCGGUUUCAUGUUUUCUUUUAGCCUUUUUUUCCGCGUCUUGUCUUUUAGCACACUUUUAUAUUGAAUGUGAAGAUUUGUAAUACAUCUCAAAGCCAUAUGUAUAUAUUUUUUUCCAUUAUAGCAUCGCUUGCGAAUGUCGUGAAUCAUUUCCGUUAUGGAUGUGACAUUUAUGGACCGCAACCGAACAGUUUGAAUGUGAGAAGAUGUGAAGAGCCUUUUACAAGCGUAUUUUCUCCAACAAAAGGGAAUCGAGGGUGCAUUACUGACAGGAGACUGCCGGCAGAAGACGCAAUCCUGCAGUAGCGAGAGGCAGCCGUAGUGGAUGCAGCGGAACGGAGCGAUGGUCGAAUCAGUGACAACCACAGUGGGGCCACACUGAGGAAAGAUCAAGUUAUUCGAGAUAGAUUUGAGGGUCUGGAAUCGGAAAAAAGGAAGGAAAGCGACGCCUUUGGGAGGGCAGUUGGAUGUCUACUCAAUUAAAUUAACUGCUGCGGAGCUCCAACUUUGACCUGCAGGAUGACAGUCGUGGCUGGGGACAACAUGGACGAGACCUCUGCCGUGCCGGGGCAUCCGCAGGACACGUACCCCCCUGACCACGACGAUCACGAAUGCUGCGAACGGGUGGUCAUCAACAUAGCAGGGCUGCGCUUCGAGACCCAGCUCAAAACUCUCGCCCAGUUUCCAGAGACUCUAUUAGGUAACCCAAAGAAGCGAAUGCGGUAUUUCGAUCCCUUGAGAAAUGAGUACUUCUUCGACAGAAAUCGCCCGAGCUUCGAUGCCAUCCUCUACUACUAUCAGUCUGGGGGGAGACUGAGAAGGCCUGCAAACGUCCCGUUGGAUAUGUUCUCAGAAGAAAUUAAGUUCUAUGAACUUGGGGUCGAGGCGAUGGAGAAGUUUCGCGAAGAUGAGGGCUUCAUUCGCGAGGAAGAGCGGCCCUUACCGGAGCGUGAGUUUCAACGGCAAAUCUGGCUUCUGUUCGAGCACCCCGAAAGCUCGGGGGCAGCCAGAGGAAUAGCUAUUGUGUCCGUUAUGGUCAUUUUAAUUUCCAUUGUCAUUUUCUGUUUGGAGACUUUACCUGAACUGAAAGGGGAACCUCAGGAGGUGAUUAUAGGCAACAGCACCUUCUACACCAAACCAAACAUCCUGACCGAUCCCUUCUUUAUCGUAGAGACCCUCUGCAUCAUCUGGUUCUCAUUCGAACUGAUAGUGCGCUUCUUUGCGUGCCCAAGCAAAGCGGCCUUCUUUAAGAACAUGAUGAAUACCAUAGACAUUGUGGCCAUCAUUCCCUACUUCAUCACACUGGGUACAGAGUUAGCAGAGGACGCGGAUGGAGAGAAGGAAGUAAAGGGCGAGCAGGCAACAUCACUGGCCAUCCUCAGGGUGAUCCGUCUGGUCAGGGUGUUCAGGAUCUUUAAGCUGUCCAGGCAUUCCAAAGGCCUUCAGAUUUUGGGACAGACCCUCAAAGCCAGUAUGCGAGAGCUUGGAUUGCUAAUUUUCUUCCUCUUCAUUGGUGUCAUAUUGUUCUCCAGUGCUGUGUAUUUCGCAGAGGCCGAGGAAAAAGAGUCCUACUUCACCAGCAUCCCAGAUGCGUUCUGGUGGGCGGUUGUGUCGAUGACCACCGUAGGCUACGGGGACAUGGUGCCAGUGACUAUAGGGGGCAAGAUCGUGGGUUCCCUGUGCGCCAUUGCCGGUGUGCUGACCAUUGCCCUCCCCGUGCCUGUCAUCGUGUCCAACUUCAACUAUUUCUACCAUAGAGAAACCGAAGGAGAGGAGCAGGCCCAACUCCUCAACGUGAGCAACCCGAACAUUGCCUCUGAUUCCAACUCCAGUCGCCGCAGCUCCUCGACCGUCAGCAAGUCUGAGUACAUGGAGAUAGACGGAGACAUAAACAACAGCAUCGACAACUUCAGAGAGGCCAACCUCAGAACUGGCAACUGCACUAUCCCUAAUCAGAACUGUGUGAACAGAAGUAAGCUGCUAACCGAUGUCUAGAGACACAGUAGAAAAUUCAGUCACGUACAUAUGAAUGCUUACUUUACCUCCUCUCGAGAGCCCUUGCAAUGCGAAUAUCUCUACAAUGCAGACGAAAGAAAAAUACUACACCAAAACAUAUAGAACAUAACUGCAGCGAAUGAGGCCGAUGAUUCGGUAUAUACUUAGUCUAAUACAUUUCCAAAGAGGAUGAUUGAGAAAAAAGCCUCCUUGAGCACCUAGCUAACGUCCACAGGCAUUGAAGGACUCUCGACGAUGGGAUUACUAAAACAUCACGCAUGAACUGCAGACUACAUUUCAGCAAGCUGCACACUGCAUCCGGGAACGUGCAUAAAAGACCAAGUGCAGUGUUCGGUGGACGCCUCGUCCAUAGGUGGUCUUCCCAACUGACCAGCAAAGCACCUUAUAUGAACAAGACUUAUCUUCUGCUGGGAUGCUACGGAGGCCAAGGUCAUCACCUCAUGGACAUCCGCAUUGCUGCUAUUUUCCAGCAGAUGCUGUAAUUUAGAUAUCACCAAGUGAUUAAAUGCCAUGCCCUUUAGAUAUAAGACAGCACAAUGCCGAAAGAGGAGCCUCAUAGUUAGCAUGUUUUGAUUAUCCUCAUUUUGAUAUUGGCAUGCGUCGGACAUUACCUCAUGACGAUAGGAAAUCCAUUCCUGUUUUGCUUUUCUUUUGCGUUCGGUUCCAUCAGCUCCCCUCUCCAUCGACCUCCUCUCAUUUGUCACCAUGAAAAGUGCACUAGUGUGUCAUGAUUUGAGAUGCUCAUCAUUUAGGUGUAUUUAAAGACUGAAUGUUUAACCUUACGGGAAACAGAAUCUUAAUGAUAUCAUAGCAUGUCAAAAGAACCUGCAUUAUGGCCUAAUCAACUAAGGUACUGUGUAUCCUAGUAUAUUUAAUGCAUGACAUCGGUAUAAUACAGCUUGUUGCAAUUGAGAUACCUCAUAAGGGUGUCGUUGUUACAAUCAGGGAAACUAGGGACGUCGAUUCCUUGACAUUUUCUGAAAUGUGACAAAAUAUAUAUGCAAGCCCCAACGCUGGGAUGCAAACUUUUCAAUCUAAAACGUAGUCAAAGACACAGAAAAAGAACUAUCAAGAUACUAUCAAAUGCAUAUACUCAUACUAAGCGCACCUGUUAAAAAAAAUAGUAUAACUUAAAUAGUGCAGUGCAUGGGCAUUCUCUCUCUCUCGAGG